UUGGUCAGAAAAGUUACUCAUUUGCAUAUUCUAAACUAUGUGACCUCUGGGGUAGGGCUCAUAAAAGGCACUGUGUUGGCUGGGACAGAGUAAACUGAUUACACAGCUGAAAGGGUUUACUGAUGGCACAUGUAUUUAACAUAGGGCAAGUAUUUCUGGAAUUAACUCUUAGGAUUAUUUCAAGUUUGCAGCUAUAGAGAUUCUGCAGCCAUCUCUCUCUCUCUCUCUCUCUCUCUCUCUCUCUCUCUCUCUCUCUCUCUCUCUCUCUCUCUGUCUCUCUCUCUCUCUCUCUCUGUCUCUCUCUCUCUCUCUCUGUGUGUGUGUGUGUGUGUGUGUGUGUCUCAAAGAAGAUGUCUCAGAAAAAGCUCAGUUUUCCUACUGUCCCUCUAUGCAGUAGUAGAUUGAGCUCUCUGUGGCUAGUAUGGAUGCUGGUGGCAGGGUUUCGCACAGAAACAGUAAAUUACCACAUCUAUGAGGAAGAGAUCCCCGGGACGGUCAUUGGGGUCCUCUCUGCACACACCAGGGCUGAUUCACCUGGUAUGGUUCCUAGAAAUUUUCGCCUGAUGAAGCAGUUCAACACCUCUCUGAUCCGGUUGAGUGAGGAUGAUGGACAGUUGACUGUCGGGGAGAACGGUAUUGAUCGAGAGCAGCUAUGCCAACAGUCCCAGCAAUGCACAUUGACUUUCGACGUAGUCAGCUUCUCCCAGUUGAUACAUGUAGAAGUGGAGGUGAGAGACAUCAAUGAUCACUCGCCCCGCUUCCCUCGCUCCCAGAUCCCCGUGGAGGUGUCAGAGAGUGCAGCCGUGGGCACCCGCAUCCCCUUGGAGGUGGCAGUGGACGAGGACGUGGGUUCCAAUGCCCUCCAGAGCUUGCGUCUGGUCGAGCCACACAGCUUUUUUCGCGUGGAGCUGCAGACUCGAGCUGACGGCGCCAAAUAUGCUGAUCUGUUGCUUCUGCAGGAGUUGGACCGUGAGAGCCAGGCCAACUACAGCCUGGAAUUGGUGGCCCAGGACGGGGGAGAUCCUCCGCGCUCCGCCACAGCAGUCCUCAGCGUUCGGGUGCUGGACGCCAAUGAUCACAGCCCAGUCUUCCCACUGGGCUCUUUCAUCGAGGUAGAGGUGUCGGAGGACUCUCCUGAGGGUUCCCUGCUGCUUGACAUUGACGCCACAGACCCAGAUGAGGGUCCCAGUGGUGACGUAGUGUUCUUCUUCGGUGGACGGACUCCACCUGAGGCGCAGCUCCCUUUCCACUUGGACCCACGCUCAGGCCACCUCACUCUGACCAGACCCCUAGAUUACGAACAGAAGGAGACCUAUGAGCUGGAUGUCAUGGCUCAGGACCAAGGCCCAGGGUCCCGGGUUUCUACUUGCAAGGUCAUCGUGCACAUCCUCGAUGUAAACGAUAAUGCCCCGGUCAUAACUAUUAUCCCACUGGUGAUGGCUGUAAACACUGCCUCUGACUACUCCAGCUCCUUCGCUGCCCCUGUCUCGGCCUCCUGGGAAGAACCUGGAGGCCCACAGUCUGGGGUGGCUCUCUCUCUCAUCCCAGAGGGGGCUGCUCAGGAGAGCCUUGUGGCUCUGGUCAGCACCUUGGACAGGGAUUCGGACUCCAAUGGGCAGGUGCAUUGCGCCCUCUAUGGACAUGAGCACUUCAGAUUGCAGCCAGCCUAUGCUGGCAGCUAUCUGGUGCUGACUACUACACCACUGGACCGUGAGCGCAUCCCCGAGUACAACUUGACCUUGGUGGCCCAGGACCUGGGCUCCCCGCCACUGAGCACAAUGAGGCCCUACACGGUGCGCGUGGCAGAUGAGAACGACAACGCGCCACUCUUCGCGCGCCCCGUCUACGAAGUGUCAGUGCUGGAGAACAACUUCCCGGGUGCCUACCUCACUACGGUAGUUGCUCGGGACCCAGACCUGGGCCGUAAUGGCAAGGUGACCUAUCGGCUGUUGGAGACUAAAGAAGGUCAGGACAGGGACCUAGUGUCCGCCUACGUUUCUGUUGACUCGGACAGUGGGGUACUGAGGGCUCGGCGGCGCUUUGACCGGGAGGCACUAGCAGAGCUGGAGGUGGCGCUGGAGGCGCGUGACGGUGGCUCUCCAUCUCAGUGGGGACAGACCGUGGUGCGGUUAGUGGUGGAGGACCAGAAUGACCAUGCUCCAGAGGUGAUUUUCCCACUGCUUUCCAACGGCUCAGCCCUAGUGCCACUGCCCCGCGGUGUUCCCCCAGGCUUCCUGGUCACCCGGGUACAGGCCCGUGACGAGGACGAGGGUCCCAACGCAGAGCUGACUUACAGCCUUACCCACAGCGACGGCGACCCCGGAGCGCUGGCGCUGCACCCGCACACUGGCGAGCUGUCGCUGAGGCGGCAGCUGUCACCUUGGCCCAUUGAUCCUCUGACCUUGGUGGUAACAGUUCAGGACAACGGGAGGCCUUCUCUCUCCUGCACCACUACCCUAAUGCUGGUCCCUGCUCCUGCUUCGCCCCCUGGUGGAAAUAUGGUGCUGGUGCCACCUCCACCCCUGCCGCCGCCUUCCAGAGAGGAGCAGGCAGGGUUGCAGAAGGGGCGACUGCAGAGAGCCACUGGACGCAGGCCUGACCUCUCUACUAUCUUUAUCGGAGUGCUGGCGGGUGGCUGUGGGCUGUUGCUCGUGGCCAUUGUCACUGUAGCGUCGUCGUACCAGGGUAGGGGCCUGAUCGGGAGAAAGGUAUUUUUCAAGUGCAGCAAGAGAUCAGGACUGGCCAGCACAGAGAGCUGGACAUCUGGCAGCCAGAGGUCAUCUAGAGGGUCGGAUAGUAAGGACUCUGAGAGCCUCGCGGAAUCCUACCCUCUUUCUGUCACUGAUGAAGUUGAGGAGGAGGAAGAGGUGGAGACUGUCAGUUCAUCUAAUUCCAGGAACAGUGGGGUUUCCCUUUCUCCCUCACCUGGAGAGAGGAGUGAGACUUCCAAGGGUUCAGUCUCAGCUCCUUUUCAUUCUACAUCUCCAUGGAAAGAGGAUAAAUCUGCUGCAAGUUUAGGUACCCAGUCAAGUCCAGAUGAAUGCAGUGUGAAGGACAGUGGGAAAGGAGACAGUGAAUAUAAUGAUAGUGAUUCUGAUAUUGGUGGAGAAAGGAUGAAGAAAAUAUCCCUUCAGAUGGCUGAAAAGCAAGCUGGUGUUCCAGUAAGUAUGGAAAGAAGAACUUUUAAGGAUCCCAAAAGAUCCUCUUUAAUUCAAGAGUACCCCAAAAGCAAGAAUCUUUCAUCACAUUGUGACAAUGUAUAUAAGAUUGCAUUUUCUUCAAGUAGCAUCCAUCAGCACCAUUCUCAGUUGAGAAAUAUUAAUUUUCAUACACAAGACUCUGAACUAAAGGAGUAUUAUUAUCAAGUUAGUGCACCCCAGAGUGAAAGACUUCUAAGUGUGUAUGAAAGAGCCCCAAACAGUGGGACAAUAAUGCCACUUUCUACUCUAUUAAGACAGAAUAAUGGAUUAAAUCGUCCUACAGAGAACACUUUACCUUUGCACACCUCUGAAAUAAGCACAUCAUUCUGAAACACUGAAUGAUGGAGGGGGGGGAAACCAUGGAAAUACAUACAUUUUUCUGUGAGAGUUUCUUAGACAAGCUGUAUAAUAAAUCUUUGAUUUUCUGAAGGUUUCUUUAAGGUAUGAAAACAUUAAUGUUGGGGGUACAUUAUGGGCCCCAAGUAUUUUACCAAAGAAUCAUAUUGAGACUAGUAUUAGAAUAACUAGUACUUGUUGUUACACAUGUAAAGAAUGUAAGAUGUGUUUUAUAUAUUGACAAUUUAUAGAUGUAAAUAAAAAGAGUAGUUCUCAACAUUUAUUUCCACUUUAAGGCAUAUGUGAUUGAAUUACUAAGCUAACUCAACUUCAAAAUCAUAUAAAACUGUCAAGCAUUCUCAGGAAUGACUUGGUUCUCUUUGGGGUAGCUUGAGAGGUCCCAGAACCACCUCUGAGGUUUAGACUUGAAGGUAUCCCAUGGUUUGACAGCAUUGAUUGGUUUGGAUACUCUGAUAAGGUUUAUGCUCUGCCCAUAGUUUCUGCUUUUAUUCCAGUUAGCAAUAAUUAAUUCAGCAAUCUCCAGGGAAAUCCAUUUAGUUUUGUACACUGUAUGUUACACAAUUAUGUAUAAUUUCUGUAUAGAAGCUGUAUGAUAUAAUUUCCCAUAGACUUACCUCAAGGAAUAUAGCGUCUUAAAGUUAAAAAAAAAACCCAAUAAUUUGAUGUUCUCCUAGAAACUCAAAAAUAUUAGCAAUCUUAACUUCUACCACUUUAAAUCCAAAAUCAAAGUAAUUGUAACUUUGACUUAAAUCUUUUGUAAAAACAAUGAACAAAAAACCCUACUCAUCUUUAUUCCUAUGUUGUAUCAAGAAAUGUUCCUUUAUUCAUUAAAAGGAAUAAAUAAAUAUUCCUUUAUUUGUUUUAAUGAAUGGUAAAUGGUCCAUGGCAAUAGACUAGUAAAUGAAUUUAGCUGUGUCCAAUUGCCUUAUAUGUCCUUUUUAAUACUGCAGUAACUACUCUCUUGCUAUGGUACAAUAAAUGAAAGAUAAAUGACAGUCUUGAAAGAUAAGCCUUUCAAAGUGCCUAAUUUAUUACAAUGUUGUUGUUUAGUUAUUUCUGUUUUGUCCAACUCUUUAUGACCCGAGUUGAGAUUUUCUAGGCAAACACAUUGGGGUGGUUUUCCAUUUCCUUCUUCAGUUCAUUUUACAGAUGAAGAAACUGAGGCAAACAGGGUUGAAUGAUUUGUCCAAGGUUACAUAACUAGUUAAUAUCUGAAGUCAGAUAUGUACUCAGGAAGAUGAGUCUUCUGGACUCCAGGCCUGAUACUAGAAUCAUUGUGCCACCUAUCUGCCCCUUGACAGAUACUAGAGAAACCAGAAUUCAAAGCAGGUAUAUACCUUGCUUUGCAGAAUAGUUUCCUAAAUCAUUGUAUGCUUGCUGAUUGAGCCUUGUUCUUCCAGUACUCACUGUAGUCCAAACAUGUCUUAUCUGCUUCUUCUGUGACUUUGCUCAUAUGGAUUCUAUUUUUUUUUGUAAAUUUAAAAUUCAAUCACAUUUAAGAUGCACUGGAUGACUUUGCUAUCUAUUGGAAUAAAUUGGUUGGAUCUUUAGUGGGGAAAAAAGAGACUUUUUAUUAAUUUUGCAAGUUUUGCAAAUUUGCAAAUAUUCUAAUCUUGAGACUGUUGUACCAUAGUUUUGUAUUCCCUGGUAGUUUGAAUUUAAGAAAGCUCUAGUUUUACAGUCCCAGUGAAAAGUACCAAGGCUGCUUAUCCCUACUAAGCAGGCUUCUGAUAGAAUCAAAAACUGUUCUACAAACAAUUGCUUAAGAAUAGCAAGGGAAGUUUUCUAUUUGUUUAUCAAAUAAGAGAGUAUUUUUAAUUACCAGUAAAUCAUUGACAUUACCACUUAGGUAAUGUUCUUAGUAGGCUCUGCCUGGAAACAAAUAAUGUUGAUCUUUGACAGAACUGCUUUGUUCAUAAAAAUGAAUACAGGAGGAGUAGAGUUAACAAUUGAUUAUUCAUUUGCUUGUAUACUGUAAUUAGCAGAGGAAUACAGCAAUCAAUUUUAAGCCCACUUCCUUAGUCUAUACAUGCAGAAGGAUUGAUUGCUGGUUUGAAUUUGCUGAAUAAAAAGUGAAGCUAACUAAUUUCAAUUUGUAUUUCAUUGAGUAAAUGUCAAAUAUUGAUUUGUUUGACUACUAGUGAAGCACUGUCAUUCUUUGAAGGUGGCAUGACACCAUGAUAUUAUGUAAUUUCAUUUCACUUCUCUGUAAGAGGAAAUGUUUAGCUAUAUAUAGGAGGAAAAGCCUCAGACUAUCACAUUCUUUCAACCCUUCACUCUUUUUAUCUCAAUUUGUCCAUUCGUGUUUAUCACUAGAUAUUCGAUGGAUGUGUAGUGGUCCUGGUAUUGAAGGAAGAGAGGAACACUCAAUAGGACAACAGAAUCAUAUCAAGUUCUUUAUUGGAUUUCUUACACUAUAGUAGUUACAUUUCAGAGGACAUGAUUUAGCCAAUGUAACAAGCUAGGUUAAAGUGGAUUUCUGUUGUCUGUCUAAACAAUUUUCUUAAGUUCAAGCCAUACUAGAAUUGGUGAACAGGUUUUAAAAAAAGUUUUAAAGGUGAUGAAUCAUUUUACAUCGACAACUUUGUGACCUUGACCUAUUUCUAGCUGCUACCAUAAAUUCUAAAAGUGAUUUUAUUAACCUAAUAAAAGCAUGCAGUGUUUAAAGAAAA